UCUUAUAACCCCCCCCCCCGACACAGCAAACGUAGCGAUGACCUUCCUCCUUAUUUCCAGCCAUGGAAGAUAGGAUGUCAUGAUUAAUCAAGAAGAGAGCGUUCCGAUGCCUGUGCGGAGUGCCUUCCCUCACCGCUUGAAUAGACAGAAUUCUGGAAAUAGGAACAGGAAUUCUGGCGAGAUUUCCAGUCAGUUCCAGCACUUUCAUUUUCUGUAUUAAGCUCUUCCUUGGCACCGUUCAAGCCUGCUGCAUAUGGGUGUGUCAAGGGAUGUUAGGAUCUCAGAUGCAGACUUCAGUGGGUGUGUAAGUCAGUCUAGGCAAGCGUAAGCGUUGUGGUUACAAAACACCAGACGCGAGGAUAUGCUAGUACUUGGAAUACGUAGAAGAAAAUGGAGGAUGGGGCAUGCCGGCCAGGUGUUUCAAAUGUAUAGCUGGCAUAAAAAUGCCAGUUUGCUUCUCGGGUAUUCCAAUACCUUUCAGUUAUACAUUUUCCCCUUCUUUAUAGCCACAUAUAUAGUUAUUGCAUAUAUUCCAACGGACAAUUGCACCUAAUAUAUCUGAGUAAGUCCUUCAAAGCUUAUGCCAUAAUAAACCAACCAGCCUUUAUGGUGCCAUGAUAAGACGCUUCACUGUUUUGUUGUAAAAAAUUAAUACGUCUCAUCCUCUGGAAUGUGUUAAUUCGGAAGACCAGUUUAAACUGUUAUAUGAUGCCAGCACAAACUGCCGCAGCGCAAACUAGCGUGCUCUCACCCUGCUUUUCUGCAACGGCACAGAAUGCAAGUUGCACAUCCUUUAGCUUCCUCGUGUCCGUCGCCUAUUCUCUUCCGACUACAACAGGAGGGAAAGAUUUCCUGGGACACUUUCACCUUGCAUAGGAGCCGCAAGGGUGAUGCAUUGCUUUCCCCUUCAUCUUUCGUCUGUAACGUAAAAUGGCUGGGUUGGUCAACUUCGAGGACGAAGAGGAGGUGAAGGGCUAUUUGGAAAAUCUGAGGGUGGAAUUCAGCUUUCAGUGCUAUAAGGAGAAGGAUCCUGAUGGGUGCCAUCGUCUGGCUGAUUACUUGGAAGGAGUGAAGAAAAACUUUGAGGCAGCUGCCAAAGUACUGAAGGAGAAUUGUGAAAACAACCUACACAGUGAGAGCUGCUACAAACUUGGAGCUUACUACAUAACUGGAAAAGGUGGUCUCACGGCUGAUCUAAAAACUGCCUAUAGCUGUUUUCUGAAGUCUUGUGAGAAAGGUGGUAAGAAAGCCACAGAGGCUUGUCACAACGUUGGACUACUGGCACAUGAUGGGCAGGGAAACGAUGAUGAAAAGCCCAAUGUCUCUCUGGCCAGGGACUAUUACAGCAAAGCUUGUGAUAGUGGUUUUGCCGCCAGCUGCUUUAACCUUAGUGCUAUAUAUCUUCAAGGAGCCUCUGAGAUACCAAAGGACAUGAACAGGGCUUUGGAGUAUUCUCUGAAAGCAUGUGACUUGGGACACAUCUGGGCAUGUGCCAAUGCUAGCCGAAUGUACAAACUGGGAGAUGGUGUGGAGAAGAACGAUACUAAGGCAGAGACCCUAAAGAACAGGGCAAUGAACCUGCACAAGGAGCAAACAGCAGGUUCUAGAUCCUUAACAUUUGGGGAGUAAGUCCAGACAAGUGAAGCACUGUCUUUUCAGGGUGCAUAAUUUUUAAAUGGUGCUGAAAUUUAGGCAGUGGUGCAGUUCUAUUAUAUACACAAAAAGAUCCAUUUGUAUGAAUAAGUUUUUGCCUGUACAACUUGCUCUUUUGUAACACAGUAAAUAACAUCUAAAUAUUGAGGACACUUUUUAAAAUAAAUGUCCUUUAUAGGACAAAAUACUGGAAUGUCAUCUUAAAAACAUGGUGUGAAAAAUAUUGUUGAAUUUUCACUAGAGUUUAUUUCUUUAAUGUAUCAAGAUUGCACAUAACAGAAUUUACUAGCCAAACCUUAGCUGUGAUCCAGAAAAGUUUGCAGGGCAGAAAAGUGUAAAAGUUCUUUCUGAAUAGCUGCUCAUUUCUGCAGCAUUCCUUCAGAAUAGUCUACUCAUAGGAUGCUUCACUUUUUUGUCACUAGGAGGCAGUCAAGAUUUAAAAUAUAUUUGUUUCAUUCAAUAGUCUUAAGAAACACUUUUAUUUCCACAUGCUGUUUUCAAAUGUGGGAACACAUUUCCUUGCAGUAAAAUAUAUUAUUAGUGCAAUUUUCUUUAGAAACAUUAUAAAGAAAU